AAACCUUCGAGAGCGGCUAUAUAAAUCCCACAGAGUCCCAUUGCGUAGACAUCGGAGCCACAGCUAGCUCAAGCACAGAAAAACAGUCACAAACCACACACAUGCACAUGAAGGCUUCCGCAGGCCAAGAUUGCAGCAAGCACAUCGUUCUGGUGCACGGCGCAUGCCUCGGCGGCUGGUCCUGGUUCAAGGUGGCGACGCGGCUCAGGUCGGCCGGGCACCGCGUCAGCACGCCCGACCUGGCUGCGUCGGGCGUCGAUCCCACGCCUCUGCGCGAGGUGCCGACGUUCCGCGACUACACCAAGCCGCUGCUGGACCUCCUCGAGUCCCUCCCGCCCGGCGAGACGGUGGUGCUCGUCGGCCACAGCCUCGGCGGCGUGAACGUCGCCCUCGCCUGCGAGCUGUUCCCGGAGAGGAUCGCCGCCGCGGUGUUCGUCUCCGCCUUCAUGCCGGACCACAGCUCGCCGCCGUCGUACGUGCUUGAAAAGUUCGUGGAGGGGAGAACGCUGGACUGGAUGGACACGGAGUUUAGGCCUCAAGAUCCCGAGGGCAAGCUGCCCACUUCCAUGCUGUUCGGGCCGCUGGUCACGCGAGCAAAGUUCUUCCAGCUGUGCUCGCCGGAGGACCUGACGCUGGGAAGAUCCCUGAUGAGGGUCAGCUCGAUGUUCGUGGACGACCUGAGGCUGCAGCCGCCAUACACCGAGGCCCGCUACGGGUCGGUGCGCAAGGCGUACGUCGUGUUCAAGGACGAUCACGCCAUCGUCGAGGGGUUCCAGCGGUGGAUGGUGCAGAACUACCCCGUGGAUGAGGUGAAGGAAAUCGACGGGGCGGACCACAUGGCGUUGCUCUCGACGCCGACCGAGCUGGCGCGCUGUCUCGCUGACAUCGCCGUCAAGUAUGCUGCUUGACUUCCUCGCAGAAAAAUAAAACACGUAUGCUCCUACUUGACGAUGGUGCCGCGCACGUUGCCUUGAUGGUCUGUCCAUCUGUUUACCUUUGGUACCCUGUCGUUGUCGGCAUUUGUGAUUUUCUACUGCGCUGUUGUUACCUACCUUCAUGGUUUGUCCCUUCGUUAUGUUUCAGAGACUUCUAUUGUACUCUAUUCAUGAAAAAAAUUCAGACAGAUGAUGUUUCAA